GUCCUUGGUCUGGGUUCGUCUCUAGGCAACCGCUACUGGUCCAGCAGCUGAGCGGCUUGUCAGGCUAUCGGCCUCAGCGCCAUGGACCUGGUCAUCACGCAGGAACUGGCCCGUGCCCAGAACCAACAAGAUGGCGCUGCCCUGCGACGAGCUUAUGAACUGAUCAAGUCAGCAAACCUCGGAAAGUCGGAGCUCGACCCCACAGAGAGCUUCAGCCCGGACCUGUUCGUGCUGUGUGCAGAGGAAGCACUCAAGAUGGGAGAGCCUGAGAUGAGUGAGGAUUGCAUCCAGAUGUACUUCAAAGUGAAGGGGCCAAUCACUCAGUUUCUGGGCCGAGCACACUUGUGCAGGGCCCAGCUUUGUGCACCACGUUCACAUGAAAACCUGGAGGAAUUUGAAAAUUGUGUGACUCAGUACAUGAAGGCUAUAAACUUCGCAAAAGGAGAGCCGAGGUACUACUUCUUGGUGUUCAAUGCUUCUGUCCUGUACUGGAACAUGGUGCGGCCAUUCCUCAAGCCUGGCUAUCAUCACCUCGUGAUCCCUAGCCUCUCCCAAAUCGUCAGUGUGUUAAACCAGACAGAAGAGGAGGACAAGGAGUGGCAGGCAGAGCUGAUGAUGGAACUUCUUGAAUGUUACCUGCAAGCCGGAAAAAAGGAGGAGGCUGCCAAGUUCUGCUUGACAGCAGCACCGUUCAUCAAAACCCACGUGCCGCACAAGUACCGGCAAAUGUUCUCUGUCAUGGUUCGUAAUGAACUAAUGGAUGAUCACCAGCUGAGAGAAGAAAAGAAACACUCUACCAACCUCUCCAUCACUUACCACAUCAAUUUGCUGAAAGCGAAACUAGAUAAAGGAAAUUUGCCAGAAGACAUCGACCAAAUUCUGAAGAAAGCCUAUAAACAUUUAAGCCAUUACAAUCACAUCCGCUUCCCUUCCAUCAAAGAAGAAAAAAUGCUUUUGCUUUUUGAAUUGGCCCGCCUGUCUGUGACACUGAAAAACGAUGUAAUAACCUCUGACUGCCUGUCAGACCUGAAGAAAAUUGAAACUAAAGAUCCUGGCAUGCUGCUAGAAAUUGAAGGUCUGGAGUGUGAAUUAGAAGCUUUGAGACUGGAAAGUAAAAUUAAAAUGUACCUUCGAGGAGCCGUUGAGGAGCAGCUGAACAUCAUAAAGAGAAUGGACAUCACACUGCAGCGGGCCAUCCGUCUAGGUGACCCCAACACCAUCCAUGUGCUGUGUACUGCACAGUGGAACAUCUGUCUGCCCCUGCUGCAGCGCAACCUGAGGCGUUACCUCCGGAAGCCGCUGACCAACAUCGCUGAUAUUCUGGAAAAGGUUGAUAGCCUCAUGACCACGAUGCGCUGCCAAGUCCACAUGGAGAUGGCAUAUAUUGAGCAGGAUGAGGACCGGCUGGAGCCUGCCAUUGAGCAUAUGCAGAAGGCCAUGCGCCUGGACAGCCUGGGUCUGUACAAGGACAAGAAUAAGAGAACUUACAGACGGCUGCAAUUGUGCACCAUGCUGUACCAGUCCCCCGACCAUCCUGAGGACAAGGCUACUAUGGCCAUUGAACAGGCAAAGAAAGCCACCCAGAAAGACAGUGCCCGGAAGAAGCGGGCACUCCUGGUGAACGCAGGCCUAGCCCUUGCCCCUGACACCUUCCAGAUUGUCCUGGACAGUGAGAAUGAGGCCAAAGUUUCCACUGGGAAAAUCAGAGGCCGCUUCACCUACCUCUGUGCGAAAGCUCGACACCACAUGCUCAGUGUGGACAAAGCUGCUGGGCACCUGCGGCGUCUGGGAAACGAGCACGACAAAGAAAGAAUUGUGAUUUGGGCCAAGUUGGCCAAGGUUGCCUGGGAGCAAGAUGUGUGGGACGUCUGUCGCGCAGCAACCCGCUUCUGCCUCCUGUAUGACAAUGUCAAGUCAAAGAAGAUAGCAAAGCUAAAACGAGUGAAGAAGAAAAAGGGCACCGAUGGCUCCCAGCACGAGUGGGGUCCCCCUGACGUGGUCCUGCAUAAGCAGAUGUCCCCUGACUUGCUGAGGAAGAUCGCGGAGGUGUCGUUCAUCAGUGCUGAGGCCACUGUCCACUUCCUGCGCUUGGAAGGUGUGGAGCUGAACGAAUGCGUCAUCGCUCCUGAGGACUUGAGCCAACACCCAGCUGGCUAUGUGCCUGAACCACCAGAUAGCAAUCCAGAGUGGAUCACGUACAGAACCUGGAUAGAAAGCUUGUCACAAUAUGCCAUGAACAACUGGCUGCGCGCUGCAGAAAUCGGGCAGGAGCUAGGGGAGGCCUGGAUCGUGCAGAACGCCGUGGUCUACGUUUUGAACCACAACCGCCAUCUCAUCCUGGCCGGAAGGCAGAAAGAGCUGGUGGAUGCCCUCUGUCACCUCUUGAACACCCUCAAGGCCACGAGUUACAAAGGGGACUUGGUCAUGCUGGUCAUGCUCUGUAACGCCCUAGCUCGAGGCCUAAUCAUCAGCUGGAUUCCCACCCAGACAACUGAAAAGUCAAAAAAGAAUGUGCGCCCCAACUUGGUUCAUGCUCCACUGGAGUCAUCUGCUUUGUCUGAGAUCAGAACGGCCGUGGAGGUCUGUGAGUUUGCGCUGAACCUCACGAAUGGCAACGUGCCAGAAGACACCGUCCCCACCAGCGUACGGCAGUACCUCAUCUCCACCUGGGUGAAGGCCAAGCAGCUACUGCAGCAGCAGAUUGGGCAGCGGCUGGGCACUGAUGAACAGAGUACCAAUGAGGACAUCAGUUCCGUGACCAGAGUCCUUGUUGCUCUUGAGAUGUACUCAUGCAAUGGGUUGGGCCUCAUGGAGUUCACUGUGCCCCCCCUAGGCCAGGUGAUGAAAAUGGCUUCUGAGUGCAACUGGUCCGAACCUCUGAUGGAGCUGCAGACCCUGACACGCCUCACCCACUUCAUCUACAUGGCUCACGACCACGAGGCCACAAUGACGUGCUCUCAGAAUGCCACACAGAUGGGCCUCAAGCACCUGAAGUCAUUUGAACCGACUGAUGCCAAGCUUGCAGCAGAAAUGCUGUGCACCGUGUCUUGCAUCCAGGGCCGUAGCAUCAUGGAAAACUUGAAAGGCAGGAAGCAGCUACGACUAGCAGCAGCCAAGGCCUUUUUAGAGAGUGCCAGGUUUGGGGGCCUGGCGGGCAGCAGUUCCCUGGUAAUGAUGGCCGCCCGGAACUACUGGAACACAUGGCUUCCGCUUCUGUCCUCACCGGGCAACAGGAAAAAGGCCAAGGGAUCCCUCAGGCGAAUCAUCAGCAUCAUCAACAAGACAGAGAACAAGAAACAGGUGGAGAAAGAGAAAACACUGCUUCUGCACCAGUGGCCAACAUCUGACUUCCAGGGCGGAGGGGCAGCCCCUGAAGGCCAGUUCCUCCCAGGGUCUGAGGACGACCUCACACUCCGCGCGGCACUCUAUAGCCUGCUUUUCCACAGCCAUGCUGACCAGGAUGACUGGGAGAUGGGCCUUAAGGUGCUGGAUGAGGCUGUGCAUGUGCUGCCAAGGACAGCCCACCGCCUCUUGAUUUUCAAACACAUGGUCAUUGUGAAGGCCAAACUCGGCCAGAACUUUAGCAUGGAAAUCCAGAAGUUCAAGGAUGAGAGUGAAGACUACUUGGCAAACAUGUGGUACCGCCUGGCUCAGAACUCAAGAAACAUCUGUGGAGAGCUCACCUGCUAUCAAAACGCUAUCCAGGCACUGCAGAAGCCAGAGAGCAACUGGCAGAAGAUAGACUACAUCGUGGAGUUCAGUGAGUGGAUGUAUUAUAAACAGUUCCCUCUAGAAGACGUGGUCACCCACCUUGAGUGGGCCAUCGAGCUUCUGCUAUCCAUGAAACCCACUGAAGACCCCCAUGAGCCAGAGCCCAAAAAGGAAGGGCAGGCCUCCCCUGACCAGCCUGUCACAGGGACUAGAAUGUCCUCAAAUCUGGAGACAGUGUCCCUGGACCAGUUUCGAAGUGUGAGACAGCUGGAGGCCCUGGCCCGUGUGCACAUCCUGAGGGCCUUGAUGGUGUCCCCGGGCUCCUCUUCCUAUGAAGAUGACUGCUUGAUGGCCUACAGCUUCCUCAGGCACAUCUGGCAGAUUUCCUUGACAGCGGGAGGAGAACUAAUUCCAGAAAAAAAUCUACAAAUAGCUAGUUCACAGUUGUUAUUGCCAAAAAAGGAGAAGGAAAAAGGGAAAGAGAAGGAGAAGACGAAGGAGGAGAAGGAGAAGACGAAGGAGGAGAAGGAGAAGAUGAAGGAGAAGGAGAAGACGAAGGAGAAGGAGAAGACGAAGGAGGAGAAGACGAAGGAGGAGAAGGAGAAGACGAAGGAGAAGGAGAAGGGGAAAGAAAAAGAGAAGGAAAAAGUCAAAGACAUGAAGCAGAUUUCAACCCCAGUUUCUAGCAAGCCACCUGACGAUAUCCCCAGCAGCAUAGAAGAGUGGGCUUCCUACUCCUGCCCUGAGGAGCUGCUUUUGGUGUUCAAGCAAGACAGAAGUGACUCUACGAUUAACUCAUCAAGUCUCCAGAAGCCGACGUACAGUUUGUACUACAUAGACCAUUUGGCUAAAGCCCUGCAGAAUAUGUUCCUUCAUGAGCUCAGCAUCCCAAUCCUGCAGCUGGGUGUCCUCAUUGCAGAUGCUGUGGUGGAGAGCAAGAGUCUUGCAGACCUCUACCACCUGCGGCUUUUACAGGUGUGUUCCGAUCUGAGGUUGCAUUCGGCAGCAACUCAUCAUGAAGAGGCGAUCGGACAGUCAUACUUUGGAGACAUGGAGCAGGCCAGCUGCAGGAAAGAGAUUACAUUUAAAAAAGAGAAGGACAGGGACCCUGUGACAGAAGACAGCCUGCCAGCCCUGCACGAGCAGCUGGCUCCAACCCGCUCUGAAGAAGUGAAGCCAUUGAUAGCACAAGACAAGAUGUUGAAGAUAAAUGGAGAGACUGGCAGGGGCCUGGAUGGGACAUCUUACCCCCAGCUGUGGAUGCUCAAAGGGGAGGUCCUGCUGGAGUUGGAGCUGCACCAACCAGCACGGCUGCUCCUGUCAGAGGCCCAGCAGGGCUUCCAGGAUCUAGGUGAGACCUGUGCAGAAGCACAGUGCCUGUUGCUUCUAGCACAGUUGGCCAACAAGGAAAAGAACCACGGACAAGCCAUGCUCUUGACCGAGAGGGCUCAGCAGCUUGGCGGAGCUGAGGAGUUCUGGUACAAUUUAACCCUGACUCUGGCUGAGGCAAUCUUAUCCUCUGAAGAAAAGGAAAAAGAAAUAGCGGUUUGCAACCUGUUUCAGAAACUCAUAGAUACUUUCAGGGUCCUCCAGAAAGAAAGACCAAACCGAGCAUCCCUGCUGGAAUUCCUCAUCAUGGAGCUGGAGGCCAGGUGUGUGAAACUUCAAAUCCAGGUCGCGGGCAACCUGGCUAACCGGGAAAUUCUUGAGUGCCCGUGCUUGCUGUCGGAUCUAGAAGAUCACCUGUUGAAACUUGAAGAAAACUUAAUACUCAGUGGCUACAAGAAAAACUGUGUUGACUUAAAACUAGAGCAUGCAAAGAUAAAGAGGAUAUGUGCCCAAAAGGAAAAAGAUGAAGAACAAAAAACUGCCUAUUGUGUGGAAGUGUACAGUUUGUCCCAGGAAGCUAUAGCUGAGGAAGAAGAACUGUUUCACAGAAUCCAGGGGAUACUGUCCCUUCAAGACGUACAGAACAUCAACUCCCCACUGAUGAGGAGGCUGGCCCACCUCAAGCUCCGCCUGGCAGAAACGUGCCUGGACAUGCUGAAGCUGGUGUGUAAGGAGGCCCUGGAGCAGCUGGAGCAGGGCUCCUUUGAGAAGCUGCUUUCAGACUUCCUUCAGAACACCAGUGACUACUCGUCCAUCGGCUUGCAAUGGUUCAUCUUAAAGCGGACUCUGCCUCACUUGGUGCUAGCACAGCUGGAGAGUCUGCAGCCACUGUCCAUGGGCUGCGUGGACAUCCGUGCCCAGCUUCUGAUCCUGGCUGGGAAGGCCCUUCAUCUGUUGUCUGUGCAGACAGACCCCGUGUAUCCUUCCUUCUGCUGGGAGGAGGACCUCUUGGUAGGUGCUAAGCAGAACAGCCUGAAAUCACUGGAGCUGGACAUGGACGCAGAGGACAAGAGUGCAAAGACCUCCUCCAAGGACUCAACAAUCCUCAAGGAAGUCUCCAAGGAGCAAAGCCGGAAGGCUGAAGGUCUGAGGAAGAGGGUGGUGCUGGCCCAGAGGUUCCUGGCUCAGACAUCAGAGGUACUGCUGCAGUGUAUACAGGCUUCCCUGAGCAGCAACCUUAUGGACAUCGCAGCCACUGCCAGCAUAGAGAUGGUGGAGUGUAUUGGUACCCUGGAUCCCGUAACCACCUGCCAGUUCCUGGCACUGUUCCAGAGCUGUUCAACCUCGGAGAUGAUGCGAAACGUUUUGCUCACGGCCACGCGCAAUACUAGCAGCUCACAGCUGGCGGCCCUGCUGCAGCUCCACCAACGUCUGAGGCAGCUGGACAAGACUUCCACAAGCCUGUUUGCCAGUGUAGAGCAGAGGCUGGCCAGCACUUCCAGGGCAUGGCAGAGCCUCUGUGUCACAGAUCAGCAUUUCAACUACCUGAAUGAGAUCCCGCCUAUGUUCCGGAUCCUCUUUCUGCAGCACUCACAAGACAGGUCCUAUUUGUAUGGUGCUGCGUUUGAGAGACCAAAGUCCAUGCCUGCGCCCAAGGGGAAAAUGAUACCAGUGGGUGGUCACUGCAAGGUAAUGCGGGUGCCUAUGAGUCCAGCUGCCAUCUCAGACCUGUUGACCAGUGUCCAGUGGUUCCAGAGGCAUACACAGGACCAGAAAUCGGACACCUUGCAUGAUGAGGAGCGAGACUUGUGCAUGCAGAGGCUCAACAGCAUCCUGGCGCACAUGGAGGAAUACAUGAAGCCCAUCGCCCCCGUGUUCACCUUCCCAGAUACCAGAACACAGGUACAGACUUCUGCGCCCGAUGCAGGGAAAUACAAAAGCAAAGAAAAGGAAAGGAAAUCAUCUCUCCCUACAGGGCAGCCUGACCCUGAGUACAUGAUCCUGAUCGUAGACAAGCUCCUACUAGAGUUGCCCCUGGAGGGGCUCUCCGCGUUCGACAACGUCACCUCCCUGUCACGAGACUUUUCUCUCCAAAUGCUGUGGAACCGUCUCCAUAAGGAGGGGAUAGAAGGCACAGUGAAGAAAGAGAUCAAAAGCAAGGAGUUCAAGAAGAAAAGUCCAGGGAAGAAGGGCUUGAAGGGCGUGAUCCGGGUCAUCCCACCAGAAUGCAUGUUAAUUGACUCGGACACCAUCAAGUUUGUUGUGGAUCCUUAUGAGGAGGCCCAGAGCAGAGAGGCACUGAAUCCCAUCACCGUAACCCAGGAUAUUUUGGAAAAGUUCCGAGACUCAUACACGGCACGUUGGAUGGGGCAUCUGGGAAGCGCCCACUUUCCAAGCCAGGCUGACUGGGAGCAUGUACUGGACAACUGCCGAGCCUUUUUCUUCUAUGGGAUGGAGGGCUUCCUGUCCCACCUAGAAGUGGAAAGACUGGUAGCCAUGGAUCUGCUAGAAUGCCAGAUGGUAGUCCUGUUGGACUUGACAACAUCCUCCAAGAGCCAAAGGCGGAAGAUGGAGAGCUCAGAGAACAUGAGUGUGUCACAGAGGUCCUUGGAGAAGCCCAUUGAGACUGCCGUCCUGCUGAGUCUGGUGGGAGUGGAGAGCAUUGUAGCCAACCAGUGGCCCACGCUGCUGCAGGACAACGCCCUGAGGGCCACCAUGCUGUGGGACAACCUGUUAGCAUUUGGCAAGGCGCUUGGGAAAACAGUUCGUCUCAUUCAGAGGAUAGGCAGUGAAACAGUUAACCAAGAUGAGGUUCCCCAUACCUCCAAGGAUGAGGUGUUCUCUGAGUUGCAGACUCAGCACCCGGAGUCACACCCCACUGCCCUCGGCUUGGUUCUGUACGGAGUGCCUCACCAAGCCAUCGUAUGAGCUAACCCCUGGAGUUCUUUGUGAGGCCACCACCCCUAGCUCUACCCCUCUGUAGCUCCUCCCCAUUCAGGGGUCUUUCCCCACUUCUGGGGGCUCACCCAAUCCUUGUCACAGCCGGAUGCUUGCCCUGUCCACAGUACACAGUCCUGAGAAGACA